AUGGAAAGGCAACUCACUGUGGCUUACUCACCUCAGCAAAAUGGUGUUGUUGAGAGAAAAAACAGAACUAUUGUUGAAAUGAGCAAGGCAAUGAUGCAUGAGAAGAGACUUCCAUUUAAGUUAUGGGGAGAAACAGUAAAUACUGUUGUCUACAUUCAAAACAGGUGUCCAACAAGAGCUUUGGAUAAUUGUUUGGAUGUGGUCACCAAGUUCCAGCCAAGUCAAGUGGUCACCAAGUUCCAGCCAACUCGAGUGGUUCAAUCCCAGUCAACUCGAGUGGUUCAAUUCCAGCCAACUCGAGUGGUUCAAUUCCAACCAAGUCAAAGUGGGACUCAAAUCCCCAAGGUCUAG